AUGGGCUCUGUUUCCAACCAACAGUUUACAGGGGGAUGCUCGAAGCUCGAGGAGGAGGAAGGGCCGAGCACCGAAGAGGAGUCGCGCUCCUUCCACGGCAGCGGCGUGUGCAAGUGGUUUAACGUGCGGAUGGGAUUCGGGUUCCUGUCCAUGACGAACCGGGAGGGCACCCCGCUGGACGCCCCCGUCGACGUGUUCGUCCACCAGAGCAAGCUGCACAUGGAGGGUUUCCGCAGUCUGAAGGAGGGCGAGGCGGUGGAGUUCACCUUUAAGAAGUCGGCCAAGGGCCUGGAGUCCCUGCGGGUGACGGGGCCCCAGGGGGCCCCCUGCCUGGGCAGCGAGAGACGCCCCAAGGGCAAGAGCAUCCAGAAGCGCCGGUCCAAGGGGGACAGGUGCUACAACUGUGGAGGACUGGACCACCACGCCAAGGAGUGCAAGCUCCCCCCGCAGCCCAAGAAGUGCCAUUACUGCCAGAGCAUCGCACACAUGGUGGCCAACUGUCCAAUCAAAGCACAGCAAUCAUCUCCCAGCUCUCAGGGAAAGCCCGCCUCCCUGAAGGGGGAGGAGGAAGAGCCAGGCCACGCCCCCACGCCUCCGGAGAGCUCUGAUUGA